UGGGGCGGGGCCUGAGCCCCCCCUCCGCCCCUCCCCACCGGCUCCCAGAGAGCUUCCUAAAGCGAGCCAAACCAGUCAGCGCCUCUUGAAAUGGAGACGGUCACUUCUUCAGAUAGCUCCCCAGCUCUGGAAAAUGAGCAUCCUCAAGAGACCCCAGAAUCCAACAAUAGUGUGUAUACUUCCUUCAUGAAGUCUCAUCGCUGCUAUGACCUGAUUCCCACAAGCUCCAAAUUGGUUGUAUUUGAUACUUCCCUGCAGGUGAAGAAAGCUUUCUUUGCUUUGGUGACUAAUGGUGUACGAGCUGCCCCUUUGUGGGAUAGUAAGAAGCAAAGUUUUGUAGGGAUCUUGUCUUGGCUUCUAGGCAUGCUAACCAUCACCGAUUUCAUCAAUAUCCUGCAUCGAUACUAUAAAUCAGCCUUGGUACAGAUCUAUGAGCUGGAAGAACACAAGAUAGAAACUUGGAGAGAGGUGUACCUACAGGAUUCCUUCAAACCACUCGUCUGCAUUUCUCCUAAUGCCAGCUUGUUCGAUGCUGUCUCUUCAUUAAUUCGAAACAAAAUCCACAGACUGCCAGUUAUUGACCCGGAAUCAGGCAACACUUUGUACAUCCUCACCCACAAGCGCAUCCUCAAGUUCCUCAAAUUGUUUAUCACUGAGUUCCCCAAGCCAGAGUUCAUGUCUAAGUCUCUGGAAGAGCUACAGAUUGGCACCUAUGCCAACAUUGCUAUGGUCCGCACCACCACGCCUGUCUAUGUGGCCCUGGGCAUCUUUGUUCAACACCGAGUCUCAGCACUGCCAGUAGUAGAUGAGAAAGGGCGUGUGGUGGACAUCUACUCCAAGUUUGAUGUUAUCAAUCUGGCAGCAGAAAAGACCUACAACAACCUAGAUGUGUCUGUGACCAAAGCCCUACAACAUCGAUCCCAUUACUUUGAGGGUGUCCUCAAGUGCUACCUGCACGAGACUCUGGAGACCAUCAUCAACAGGCUGGUGGAAGCAGAGGUUCACCGGCUUGUUGUGGUGGAUGAGAAUGAUGUGGUCAAGGGGAUUGUAUCACUGUCUGACAUCCUGCAGGCCCUGGUGCUCACAGGAGGAGAGAAGCCCUGAGCUGGGGAAGGGGUCAGGCAGCACCAGGGGAUAUGCCCCACUCACUGCCUGCCCAAAGUUCUAGGAACCACAGGUGAAACCUUGAGAGAAUUGUGACUCUCUUCCCUGCUCGGGAGCUGGGGAGGGUGCGGGGGGAGGAAGGAGAAUGGAUUUUUAGCUGUCCUUAUCCUCAUGCAUACAGCCUAGCCCAUCCUAGCCCCAGCCCUCUUAGAUGUAGCCCCCUUUCUGAGUGAAUGAUGGGCUGUGUGCCCCUCAGGCUAAUUCUGAUCUCUGAGAGAUCCCCAGACCUCACCCAGCCUUUGCCUCUCUCUCUGCCCCUGACUCCACCCUAAGAUAAUAGCACAACAAAACUCUUCCUAAGAUAUUUUUAUUCAUCCUGUUUCAUGCUAUAUGGAGGAGGCUGAGUCCAUUUAGUGACAUUUCUUCCCAUAAUGGGAGUGGGGAGGAUUGUGGGGAGGAGGGCCUUUGGGUUCCUGUGCUAUGUGCAUAUGAAGGGAGAUGGGGGUUAGGUGGAGGAGGAGGGCAGAGUGAUUAGCUGAGGUUAUUGCUUUUCAUGGCAAACCUAAUUAAAAUGACAGGAACCUCUUCAUGG